GCAGAGUAGUGCAGACAGAUCCGCAACCUUCACAGCCAAUCGUGAAAUCAAUCAUCCCAUCUCCACCCACGCAUCAUGGAGGUUGCCUCCUUUUGGCCAUGUUUGCGAAUACUUUCCCAUGUCGGCCCGUGUUUGAAUCCGCUUGGAUAAAUCGCGCCGAGGUUAGUGCCAGCUCUGGAUCAGCAAUGAUGAUAAGGGCAGCCUUGAGAACAAUAAAAGAGAUGGAGGCCAUCCCAUCUUUUCCAACCGGAUUCGCGGAGGAGAUAAUACUCGAGAAAGGCCGCAGCUAUGAUGACUCCUGAAGGACAGCUCGCUCUGGCGAAGAUCAAUCCAGAACUGGAAGAGAUCCUGAAGAGCUCACCCUAUGUUGAAGGCUUGAAUGCCAAUACAGACCUCCCGAAGCUUCGAGCUGUACUGCUUGCAAGAAAAAAAGAAUUGACGGCUGCGAACGAACCUGCGGGAGAGGCGACUUAUGUGGAAGAGGAUCGGCAAAUCCCCGUUCGCGACGGAACCACCAUUGCUGUUCGCAUUCACAAGCCAAAAAGCCCGCCAAAGGAUGGCUGUCCCAUAUUUGUCGUAUAUCAUGGUGGUGGGUUCGUUCUAGGGAACUUGGAAAACGAGACUUUGUUGUGUAGGAAGUUCACGGAGCUUGGAGGUAUUGCUGUGAAUGUGGACUACAGACUGGCUCGGGAGAAUCCAUUCCCUACGCCCUGCCAUGAUGCAUAUGAUGCGCUGAAAUGGACCGCAGCACAUUUCGAAGAGCUAGGAGGUAAUCCGAAGAAGGGAUUCUUGGUUGGAGGCAUCAGCUCCGGAGGAAACUUUGGGACGAUUGUUACACAUCUUUAUCGCGACGGCCAGCUUUCUCCACCUCUGACGGGAGCAUAUCUCUCUAUACCUGCCUGCAUACCACCUGGAUUUGUGCCGAAGCAAUACAAGAGUCUCUAUUUGAGUCGCGAGCAGAACAAGCAAGCACCUAUUUUGAACCAGGACACCAUAGAUUUGUUUGAAAGUAAGAAAUACCUGAGUUUUAGCCUCUCUAUCUGGGAUAGAUACUGACUGAGAUAUCAGAGCACUACAAUUCAGAUCCCAACUCGAACCUUCGAACCCCAAUGCUCUUCGAAUCUCACGCUGGACUACCACCUACCUAUUUCCAGAUCUGCGGCUUAGAUCCCUUACGCGAUGAAGCAUUUAUAUACGAGGAGAUCUUGAGAGAAGAGAACGGUGUUAAGACGUUGGUUGAUGUAUACCCUGGAUUGCCACAUGGCUUUUGGAGUUGGUGGACGACGGCAGCUUUCAGCGUGAAGUUCCAGGAGGAUUGUGUAAAGGGGAUGAAGUGGCUGUUAGAGCAGAGCAAGUGAAGAGAAGCAUACCAGGAGAGUUUUAAAGCGUCAGAUAUUCUAGCACAGCAGAACUGUGACAGUAGAUGGCGCGAAACGCGCAUAAGCU